AUGGACCGGAUCCACGUCACCGUGCGCGCGAGGCCGCUCUCGGCGGAGGAUGCGCAGAGCAGCCCGUGGCGGAUCUCCGGCAACGCCGUCGCGCUCACCACCCAGCCCUCCACCCGCUUCGACUUCGACGAGAUUUUCAGCGAGGAGUGCCGCACCGCGGACGUCUACGGGGCCCGCACCAAGCACAUCGUCGACUCUGCCGUGCAAGGCUUCAACGGCACUGUCUUCGCCUAUGGGCAAACUAACAGUGGAAAGACCUAUACAAUGAGAGGAUCUGCUAAUGAACCUGGAAUUAUACCGCUUGCGGUUCACGAUUUAUUUCGAAGUAUACAAGAGCAUAUGGACAGAGAAUUUCUUGUUCGCAUGUCUUAUAUGGAGAUUUAUAAUGAAGAGAUAAAUGACCUUCUUGUCCCAGAACACCGAAAAUUGCAGAUUCAUGAGAACUACGAGAGAGGCAUAUAUGUUGCUGGUUUAAGAGAGGAAAUUGUAACCUAUCCUGAACAAGUCUUGGAUUUUGUAUCGUUCGGAGAAUCCCACCGUCAUAUUGGGGAGACAAACAUGAACGUCUAUAGCAGCCGUUCUCAUACCAUAUUUCGCAUGGUUAUUGAGAGUCGGGAAAAAGCUGAUGAAACUGAGGCAGGAGAUUCUUGUGAUGCUGUUCGAGUAUCUGUCCUGAAUCUGGUAGACUUAGCUGGUUCAGAACGUGCUGCAAAGACUGGUGCAGAGGGUGUGAGACUCAAGGAGGGUUCCCACAUUAACAAAAGUCUAAUGACUCUUGGUACGGUAAUCAAGAAAUUAAGUGAAGGUGUAAAGGGUCAGGGGGGGCAUGUUCCUUACCGAGAUAGUAAGUUGACAAGGAUACUGCAACCGGCUCUAGGUGGAAAUGCUAACACAGCCAUCAUUUGUAAUAUAACACUUGCGCAGAUCCAUGCAGAUGAGACUAAAAGCAGCUUACAAUUUGCCAGUAGGGCAUUACGUGUUACAAAUUGUGCAGAAGUGAAUGAGAUUUUGACGGAUGCUGCUCUUUUAAAACGCCAAAGAAAAGAAAUAGAGGAACUUAGAGCAAAGCUUAAGAACUCUCAAAGUGAGCACUGGGAUGAAGACGUUUUGAAUUUGAGGAACACACUGCUACAGAGCGAACUAGAAAAGGAGAGAAUUGCUUUAGAGUUGGAGGAGGAAAGGAAAGCUAAAGAGCAUCGCGAGAAGAGGUUGUUGCAGCAAGCAAAAAAAAUUGAAAAUCUUAGUUCGUUGGUCUUAAAUUCAGACAGAGAUGACAGGGUUGUUGUUUCUAGUAAGAACAAAAGAAGACAAACAUGGUGUGCUCGACCCCUGUCUAGGCAGUUAGAUGUUGAGGUUCCAGAACUCGAACAAGGCUCUGCAAGAAGCUGCGGCGAGCGUGACAUGGGGAUGCCCCCAUCCUUUGAAGAGCUAAUGCAAGAAAGCCCCGCCAGCUACAGCGAGCCUGCUCAUGGUUGUUCAUCAAGUGAUUUAUGGAAUGAAGAUAUUUCUCUACCUGAUUCACAUGCUUUGUUCAAUGUUACAAGCAGAAGAAAGCCAAGCAUAAAGAAGAAAUUAGUUCAAGAGCAACUUAGAUCGUUAGUACCUGAAUCACCCCAAGACCCUAAUGAGUGGAAAGAUGCCAUGCUAUGCCAGGAAAUCACCAACCCUAAUGGCUUAUCUGCUCGGGAGUCGGAGGCCAUUCUUGUCAUUAAACAACUUCAAGACCAGGUCAACUUGCUGGAGUCAGAGAAGAGUUUGAUUCAAAAUAACUUGGAUGAUGUUCUCGAGUUGGCAACUCAGCAGAAGGCUUCUUUCAGUGAGAAGUAUGAAGAGCUUCAGCGGAAUGCCCUGGUGGCACAAGAGCAAGCAAAAACUGCUGAUGAGAAGCUAUCAGCUCUGGCUACCAUUGAAAAAUCCAAACAAGAACUAGCAUAUUCAUUUCUCAGCAAAGUGUCAAUGGAGACUCAAGGAAUAGCUGUGCAGAUGGAUCAAAUGACCCACUCAGUAGACGGUGCUAUUUCUUUCAUUGAAGAACUCUUUCAGAAUCACUCUGUGAUUGCAGAGAACGUAACUGAAUUAAAGGAGCUUGCUUAUGGACACAUAACACAAUCCAGUUAUGUGAUUAGGGAUCAUGAGAAAAUGUCAAAAAAAUUGAUGGAGAAAAUUGGAAGACUUGAAUUGGAGAAGGAUUGUAUUCUUCAAAAUGAUAUGGAGAAGGAUAGCAUUCUCUCAGAGCUUCUAACUCUCCGAAAGGAAGUCUCAACCUUGUCAUCAUCUUCUUUGAUGAAAGAAAAGGAGUCCAUCCGAAAGGAACUUGACAGAGCGAAAAUAAAGUUACGAGAGACUGAAAACAAGCUGAAGAACUAUAUUCAAGAAAAAAUAAAACUUGAGGGUGAAAAAGCAGAGGCACACAAAGAAAUAAAGAAGUUGCAAAACCAGAGGACUCUUCUUGAACGCGAUUUACGGAAACAUGAUUCACUCACUGUUGAUAAAAGGCAUGAACUGAAUGUGAAGCCUGAAGAACUUGCUGGAUUUUUUGAUCAAGCUGCGCAGAUGCAGGAGGAGUACCAAAGGCUUGAGAUUCAUGCUUCUGAUAUGGAGGCUGAAAUUGCUUCUUUGCAAGAAACUUUAAUUACUUCUAGUGUAGAAAAGGAGGAAGCUCUAUCUAAAGUAGAGCUUAUGAUGUUGGAACAUGAAGACCUGGAAAAUAGGUUUACUUCCACCGAAUCAAAAAUGAAUUCCUUGAGCGACGAAAUUGCUGUCUUGAACAAAAAGCUAGAUGCAUCUGAGUCUUCUCGUAGAAAACUGGAGGCUUCUCUCAGUUCUCUGUCAGGAGAAAAGGAAGAUUUGGGAAUGCAACUUACUGAUGUUCUUCUGGAAAUGGAGUCUGAAAGAUCAAUGUGGAUAUCCAAGGAGAAAGCUUAUCUAGAAGCUAAGCAGCAAUUGGAUAUAUGCAAUGAUGAGAAUAGCAAAUUAUCAGAAGAUUUGAUUAAGGCGAGACAAGAACUGGUGCAAUGUAGAGAAUUGUUGAAAACUUUGGAAGGCAAAAUGAUUCUUUCUGUGGAGGAUGACCUAAAUGAGAAAAAAUGCGGCAGGGAAAGUUGUAAAGAAUCAGAACUUGUGGACAAAGGAAGAAAUAUUGAUAAUGCCGCAGAUGAAAAUGAACUUCACAAGCAACUACUGAUUAUUUCCGAAGAACGCGAUAGCUUACUUUCUAAAAUGGAACAGAUGAGUUUAGCCAUCAGUGAAUUAGAAGUUUUAAAGGAGGUUUCUAAUAAUAAGCUAAUACAGGCCAAAGCUAAUAUGGAUGAGUUGAGCUGUCAGAUAUCUACCAUGGAAGUCAAGAUGAAACACGACGCUUCGACUUUUAACAAAGAGAAGACGAAGCUUCGUAUGCAAAUUCGGUGGCUGCAACCAGAGCUCGACGCGAAUCGUGGAAGGCUUAAAGAAGCGGUAGAAGAGAGGAGGCUGAUGGAUAAGAAGUAUCAGGAAGCAACCGCCAAACUGAAGAAGGAGCUGAAAGAAACGUGCCAAAAGGUUCUGAAGCUCAGGGAAGAGCUCAAAAAAUCUCAAGGCACAUCAAACGGAAGCAGCAACGUUUCUUCCACGCAGUUAACGUAGCGAAACUACUGCAUUCGUGUGUUUAGGGCAGUGAAACAUUGUGUCGAUGCUGGUCUGGCUCUUCCAGACCUGUGCCUGAGUAUAUGCAUCUUUAGGGUGUCAGGUGCUACAGAGUCUUGCAUAUAAUCAUGGAUCGCUGAUGCCUCGUGCUGUUAACUUCAUUA